AUGCAACCUAAGCUGUCCUCCAUGACUGAAGCUGUGUUUCGAGUGCCUAAACAGCAGCAAAAGCUCACUGGUUGGGCACGGGCUGCUUUCUUGAUGCAGGGACUGGAGGAAGACACUGUCAAUGCAUUGCAGACGCUCACUAAAUGAGCAGAGCUUGAUGUUGGUGAUGAUGAACAUGACAGAGAACCGAUCAAAUCUAAGGCCGAAUACUUUGGUAGAUAAGUGGUUGACAAACCAGAGGAUGAUAUGUCUGAUGAGGCAGAACUAGACAAUAAAAAAGACAAUCUGGUCCUAACUGAUACUGAAAAGCCUCAACAUCAAGGAAACCCUCUUUAUGAUCCAUUAGCUGAACUUUAUCCUAAAGAGCCUACGCAAUUGUAACAGCACCCAAAUCCCAGUGUAAAGUGCAGAAGACAUGAUGAUUGGAUCAUUCACUGUGGCUGAAGGCCUGUUGAGAAAUAUUCGAUGAGAUCAAAGCUGAGCGUGCAAGAUGUUGACCCAUCUGAAGGUUAUGAAUGUGUUCUGGUGGUAGAAUCUGGAGACAAUGAUAAUGAGAUCUCAGAGGAAAACACCUCCAUUGGAAAGGUCUUAGAGAGCUAUCAUCAGCUUGAACCGAACGCAGUGUGA